AUGAGGCGUACCGUGUGUGUGUGCGUAACCAUAGCGACCCGCUCUCCUCCUGCCGCAGAGUCCGAGCGUCUCUACCGCGCAGUCCGAGCGUCUCUACCGCGCAGUCCGAGCGUCUCUACCGCGCAGUCCGAGCGUCUCUACCGCGCAGUCCGAGCGUCUCUACCGCGCAGUCCGAGCGUCUCUACCGUGCCGUCCGAGCGUCUCUACCGCGCCGUCCGAGCGUCUCUACCGCGCCGUCCGAGCGUCUCUACCGCGCCGUCCGAGCGUCUCUACCGCGCCGUCCGAGCGUCUCUACCGCGCAGUCCGAGCGUCUCUACCGCGCAGUCCGAGCGUCUCUACCGUGCAAAUGAAGACAUUAACGUGAGGCGUGAUUGUGUGCUUCGAUGCCUGAGCAUCUACCUCAAUGAAGAUCUGGACACACUGGUUAAAGAAUACAUGGUCAAAGGCUUUAUUGGUAAAAGAGCAGUUUAUGCACUCUCCCCGGAAAUCCCUCCGUCUUAA